GCUGGUGGAUAGUCCUCUAUUAUAUAGUAGCUUGCCUGGUAAAUAUUUCCAAUCAUGCUGUGGGCACAGCAUCUGUGAAAUGAUUUGCCAGCAUGCAAAAUGAUUCCAAGAGCGUGGUGAAAAUGGAAUUGUGUCCGUGAACAGCAAGUUAGCAUUUGAAUUUAAACAGAAUUCAUCUCUGCUGGCCUAAUUUUAAUAAUCCAGCCAAAUUUGUGGAUGCAGGAACCACUAAUUCUUCUGUGAAAAGAAUGGCUCAAGUGGGCUGGCAGGUGACAAGGCAUGAGAAGACUGCUUGGGGAAGGGUGUUUUUUUCUUUGCCCCCAUCUCUUCAGUUGGCUUUGAUCCGUUUUAUGAGGGUCAGAAGACAAAAACCUCAUUACCUAAUGCUGUUGGAUGUUAAUGUAUGUGUGAUAUGGCUCUUUGCCAGUAUCUUAAUUAGGGAAUUCAUAAAAGCAGGGGGUGGAUGCCAGUUCUUGAAAAGCGCUUUUAGCCUUUCUGCUGGAAAGAAAGCUUUUAUUAAUUCAUUACAAAAUGUAUUAAAAGGGAUCCAGCUCAACUCUGUAAGCAAAGCUGCUUCUUUUUCUCUUCUGUCUUUGUCUCUGCCUUUAUGUGAACCGUUUUGGGCUCCCUGCCCAAGAUGGUCCCAACAAAUGAGAUUUGUAAUAAGCAUGUAAGUCAGUUUGGAUCGAAAUCUGCUCCGGGUCUCUCUGGUUUAAAAAGGUCUCCAGAUUGCAAGCGAGUGUUGCCAGAAUUCAAUAAAAAUGGCUGAGUGCCUUAUCAUACCUUCUGGAGCAAGGGAGGCAUCUGGUCUUAGAUCCCUGUGUGUAUCCAAAGCUGCUGGGACUUGACUUUCUGGAGUGGCUCUUGAGGAGCAAAAGGGCAGCUCUGUGUGCCUCGAGCCACUGCCUGGAUGAGACCUACCUGUUUUGCUUGCCCCUCUUAACUGACACUGCUUAAAGAUGUUGCUGUGAGUGAAGUCCUGUGUCCCUGAUACAGCAUGUGAACUUGAGGAGUUGUCACGUGAGCUUUCUGCAUGCUGUGCUUCAGCUCUGUCCCAGAGGACCCUCUUCAUGGAAGGGAGAGCCAGCAGGAGCAAGAUUGAUGGACUGGAGGAGAAGCUGGCACGUUGCAGACGGAGCAUGGAGGAGAUGGAUCUUAAACUCCGCAGGGAGAAGCUCAGCCCUGAAGGAAGAAAGUCACUGGAGAGAGAGAGAAACUUACUAAUGACCAAAGCUGACAACUAUGAGAAAGAACUGAGUGUGCUUCGUAAGGAAAAUCGCAAGAAUGCUGCCCUUACGGUGGCCGUGGCGUUGCUGAUUGCUCUUAUUUACUCCUGCUGGACAAUGUGAUUGCACUCAAGAAUUCUCCCUGCUGACCAAACGACUCUCCUGCAAGGAGCUUUUCCUCCUCUCACCACUGUGCCUCCCCCAGGGGUGAGGAUCGGCAUUUCAAAUGGCUGUUCUUGUUUAUCCUCUCCAAGCCUCAGCGUAGGAAGCUGUUCCUCUGAGAACUGAGGGGGACAAGAGACAAACCAGAAAUCAAAGCACUCUUGCUGUUGGAAAUCGAGCUCAGGGUGGUGCUGUCUUACCCAAAAUACAGUGAAGACUGUCCAGCCCGAUGCAGGAAGGCAUCUCCCUUUUGGAGAGGACCUCUGUGGUUGCAGAUGAGUGCCCGCUGCCCAGCCCAGUCAGAAUACAUGCCACCCGGGCUCCUGUGACUCAGCCAUAAGCUGAAAGAGACACCACACUCUUUGAAUCAAAGGGUAACUUGGGUAUUGUGACCUGAAGACACCAUGUGUUGCCAGAGCUGAGCUAAACAAAGAUGUUUCCUCCUCCACACCGACUUACAGGACCAAAGGAAUCCUACUGCCACAAAAACAGGUAGGCAUCUCUCUCUCCACAAAGCAGGUAGCAGCCAACUUGAGAUGUGGGUGCUUGGGCUUUGAGAAGAUCUACCAGUGCAUCAGUUUGGUAGCCGUUUUGUGCCUCUGAGAAUCAACACUUGCAGAAGAGAAUUUACUACCAACUCCCAGGGGUGGAAGUGCCUCUGCACGGCUUUAAAUAAAAUAAUUUGACCUUUUAA